AUGCAUGUGUCAUCAUGUGUCAGUAGCAGCGCGUUCCGUGGGCAAGAAUUGGCGGAUGGCAGAGUGUUCCGUGAGCGACAACGUAGCAAGGUCCAGGAGAUCAGCAUGCCAUGGCCAUGGCAUCUGUGUGUCUUGGUGUGGUGGACGGAGUCUCUGUUGGCAAGCGGCCAAGCUUGGUCUUCUUCUACCUUCCAGAGUGGGCCGUUCAGGGUGCAAUGGCCUGCAGCGACCUUCGACAACGAGACUCAGGAGAUGUGGAGCUUUGGAGGUCGCGGGAUUUUGUCGGGCGGAGGCGGAGGGUCCUUCGAUUACAUCGGAGAGAUCUGGGCCUAUGAGACCUUGAGAGAUUCCUGGCGCAACGCCUCGGCUGCCGGAGGCCCCUCACCGCGGCAGGCGGCCUCCGCGGUCUUUGCGGAGAGGAAGGUUUGGAUCUUCGGGGGCUCAGAGCCCUCGGCCUUGAAUGAUUUCUAUGCCUACGACACCUUCGCCGGCUCCUGGCUGCAGCUGACCCCCGCAGGCCCGGCGUCGCCCCCGGCACGGUUUGGCCACGUUGCAGUUCUGGAAGGCACAAGGAUGUGGAUUGUGGGGGGCAUCUCCCUCGUUCUUGAUGUUUGGGCUUAUGACAUCCAGGCCAACACCUGGAGCCAAUCCGCCGAUGCGCCUGGUGCUGGCAGGAACUACCACGCAGGCAUCUUGGAGCCAGGCGGCACAGGCACGGCAGGCGCAUCGAAGAUUUGGAUCUUCUCGGGUUCCUUGGAUGGCGGGAAGUAUUCCAAGGAGUUGCUUUGUCUGGACAUCCCAGGGGAGAGCUGGACGAAUUGGACCCAGGCUGACGGCCCGCAGGAGCGCAGGAGCCCGACGGCCGUUCUUGAAAGCGGAGGCGCUAGCGGCGCUAGUGCUCGGAUCUGGAUUCAUGGUGGCUACUCCUUUGAUCACGUGAACUCCGUGGUAGCUAAAUUCUCUGAUGUGUGGGCUUACGACAUCCAGGCUGACACUUGGACGGAGUUUGCGAGUCCUUCGAGCAUGAGGCGAUACAACCACGUGGCCGUCAUGGACGCCCUGGGCCAAAUCUGGACCUACGGUGGUACGGAUUCUAGUGUCGUGGACACGGUGCACCUCUUCAUCACGCAGCCCACGACCACGACGACCACGACGACCACCACGACCACGACGACGACUUCGAAACCAGUGAGCUCCGGCACCAGAGCCAACGCCACGGCAGCCCUGCUGGCGGUGGAAGACGUCCAGCGACUCGCCUCGAGCACACUUCUCGCCAUGCAGCUUGGAAAUGUCACGGACUCGGACGGCAGCGUGCUUGCUGAGAGAGAGGAUGUUUCUCUGGACGCCCGUGUUAUCUCGAAGCUGGUCGCAGACAGCGUUGCUGCCCUGAGCAUCAGCUUCGGUGACGUCGCGGUGGAGCUGCCGACGGCUUUUCUGCAGUCCUUCGAAGCGGAAGCUGGAGCCGUUUGGGCCAUCAGCGCAGGCCUCGUGACGGAGAACAGUUCUGCCUUCCCUCUCUUCGCCGAUGACAGGCUUGCUGAGCCUCUACUGAGCCUUCAGGUCUACUGGAAGGAGAGUUUCAAUGCCUCGGCCUCUGAGGUGAGCGGUUUGCUGCCUGCGCCGAUCCUCUUGACCUUCCCGUACACUCCAAAGCCGUCGCUGCGACCGAGCUGCGUCUUCUGGGACGAGGUGCUUUCGGAUUGGUCCACAGAGGGCGUCACCUUGGUGGGCACUGCUGAGGGCACUGUGACCUGCGCCACAGAGCACCUCUCGCUCUUUGCCGUGAUGUUCUUGGCCUUGGUUUGCAGCAAUGCCCCGGCCAUUUUCUCGGCGGAAGGUCUGCGGGCUUUGUCCUCUUCCGCGUGGCUGUCGCGCCUUCCUGCCGUUUGCACCUUCCUCACGCUCCUGCUCGGGUUCUGUUUGCUGGCGCUGGCAGCCGUCUUGGACAGGAGGCAUCGGCAACACCGAGCUCAGCUGCUUAAGAGCUGGGAGUCCAGCCAAGAAGUAAGGCACACGAAAAUGACCAGCGGCUUGGAGAUUCCCAAGCAGAAGAUGGAGCCCAAACCGAAGACAGUGCAAAGGUUCCUGCUGCAGCACUUCCACUCUAAGAUCUUGCUCUCUGAGCUGGGUGUCGACUUGGCCUUCCUGAAACAGCUGUACUUGCUUGGUGGCUACACGGCGCUGCACCAAAGAGCUCGUGAGGUCUUGGAGCGGUUCUACACGGAGAGCUUCUUCUACCGGUCCUCGGUGUCCUUCCGCGCCUUCUGCACGUGGAUGGACUGGUCCCAGCCCGCGAUGCGCAGCUCAAGCCUGGAGCGCCUGGCGGCGACGCAGGCGAACUUCUGGAGCGGCCUGGCCCUGGUGGCCGUCUUCUACGGCAGUCAGGCUCUUGAAGCGAACCUCCCACAGGAGUGCGAGAUCUUCGAGGGCCUCUUGGAGUCCAUCCUUCGGGGCUUUGUCACGGCCUGGAUCGGGGCGGUCUUGGGCUUCCUGCCGCUCCUGGCGGUGCUCCUUGUGGAGCAGAAGCUGGUGGCGGCCCAGCUCGGCGCCUGUGCCCGCGUGCUCUUCUGGGCCUUCGUGUCCAGCUACACUGCCUUCUCUGUGCUGGUCAUUUGCAUUUUCAUCAGCACCGUCAGUGUUGCCGACGGGGAGGACUUCCUGAUCUCGGCCACUACUGGCGUGGUCAGAAACCUCUGCCUCACGCCGGGUCUGCUGGUCUGCCUUUUCUUGCCACUGGCGGCCAAGACUAAGAGCACGGCCGUGGACACCAGCCUGCCCUUUGCUUGCAGUCGCGAGAAGACCUAUGCGCUUCGCUUGGAGAGGAUUCGGAUUGCCUCCAAGCAAUCUGACAUAGCUGAUGUCUGCCUCAGUUGCCAAGUCCCAGGUCACCUCCAAGCAUCAACGAAAGUCGCUGUGGACUCAGAAGCCCAGGCUGAUGGUAUCUGUCUCGCAGGAUUGGCCGAGCACCACCUGAUUGUGAUCGGCAUCUAUGUGAGAUCGAAGUUCCGAGGUUCGGCGGCGGUGCGCCUUCGCGACUUCCUGGAUGCCAAAGACAGAGAUCUGAGCCAAGAGCUCUCCCUGCGACAAAAUGGCAAGGCCCUAUCCGAUCUCUCCGUCCUUCUGACGGCGGCUCCACCCAUUCAAACAGACCCAGACGAGGACGUGCAGUUCCCGAUGCUACAAAGCAGCGAGGAAGCCUCCAACAAUAUCCCUGCAAUGGGCAGCGAUGUUCUGGGGAUCGCCGUCGACGAGUCGCCAAAGACCCAGGCAGAUCCCGUCCUUCUUGAAACCUUUAUGGAGGACGAUGACCUCAUGGCGGGUGGCGUUGGGAACACCGCUUUGCAAAAGCAAAGGGCCCGUGAUGUCAAUGGAAUCGCUUUUCUGCAGCCGGACGUUUGUGCGUCCACCGCCUGCGGCCGCGGGCCUCGCCAUUCCGAGGCGGCCUUUGGGAUGUCCGCGCACGACGGCCAGCGCGCGGUGAGGGCCGUGGGCCGCACGCUGCUGGCUUCGCUGUCGCAGCAGUCGCCGUCUCCUUCGACGCUGCGAGCGUCGCCCAAGGAGGAGCGGGGCCCGGGCGCUUCCGUCGUGAACGGCGUGGAGGUCAAGGACCUGCACGUGGCCCGGACCGAGGCUUCCUGGAGCCGAAGUGAGACCCCGUGGAAGUCUGAACGAGCGCCGUCGCGUGGACUUCCCGGUCAAGUUCCCACCCCGACUGCCCAGAGAAGGUUAUCGAGGGCACGCGAGGCUGAAGACCAGCCAGUGGAGCCCUUGCGACGACGGGAGUCGAGUGCUUCUGCAGGUGGCGAGCGCUCCCGCGCCUCGAAAAACGCCCCGGGCGGCGGGGCCGCAGGCGAGCGCCGCCGCGGCAGCCUGCAAGAGCGCGCGGCAGCUUUGGAGCGGCUCAACCAGGCGGCGCCUCCCAGUCGCCAGAGGCCGAAGGCACUUCGAAACGUGCCUAGAACCACAGCGAGCCUUUGCAGGGCGGCUUCGGAAGCGAACGCCGCCUUCCGGGCGCACAUGGAGGACAGCUCCGUGAUCAUCGACCCGCUCCUCGCAGAGCAGGAUGGAGAGCUCUGGGGCUACUUCGCUGUCUACGAUGGACACGGCGGGCGUCAGGCGGUGGACUUCUGCGAGACGAAGCUCCACGGCCUGGUUCUCGACGAGCUCCUCAACGUCACGAGGAUGGCGGGGGAGCCCGUGGCCGACGAGGUCGUCGGCGAGGUGCUCUCCAGGGCUUUUCGCCGUGUGGAUGAGCAGCUGAAGCUUCUGGGAACCUGGCGAUGCGGCUGCACAGCCACCGUGGUGCUGGCACACCGGACAGCUUCGGGGCUGCGUCUCCACUCGGCGAAUGUUGGCGACUCGCGCGCCAUCCUCCUGGAGUCCGGAAACAGUCCGAGUCGGGCGCCCGAAGGCGAGUGCCGACUCACCCGCGACCACAGGCCAACUGAUCCCGCCGAAAUCCAGCGGGUGGAAGCCGAAGGCGGCUUCGUGGCGCGUGGCCGCGUGGUCGGGCAACUUGGGGUUAGCCGGGCGCUGGGCGACCAUUCGCUGAAGUCCGUUGGGGUGACCUGGCAUCCCCACAUUUGCACGCGCGAAGUUCCGCAGGACGCCGUUUUAGUGAUUGCCAGCGAUGGCCUGUGGGACGUAAUGUCCGAUGGCGACGCCCGGGCUGUGGUCGAUCGCAACGUCGCCGAGCGCCUGCAGGAUAAGGCUCCCGAGUUCUUGAUCAAGGCUGCGCUCCGUGCAGGGAGCACGGACAAUACCACGGCCUUGGUCGCCUUCUUUGGCUCAGUUGCCACCAGCUCCAGCCCCUCGUGA